CUCCAAUGAGGGAGGUCUAUGCAGUCGUCGUCGCUCAGUAAACCCAGUCCGGUCGACGAGUUUCGCGACGCGCGUCCUUUUGUCUUCGGCGAUCCAGCGCUUAAUUAACUGCUCGAUCAUGUUGUGACGGAUGCACGGACGUGUAUCGCCAACGCGUCGCGUCUGCAACUGCUCUCCGACACCGCGAGGAUGUACGCGCGAUAGGGAACGUCAUCUCCGUAGACUCCGAGUUCGCAGCUCCGUCGACUCCGCGCAACAGAUGUGACCAUCGUAUGCGUCUCGUUCUUUAUAUUUAGUUAACCAAGAUUUUCUCAGUUGGUAACUUAUAGCCGAUUCGGAUAUCCGCAGUGUUGUGCUCCUCGUCAAGAAACGUAACAAUAACAAUAAUUAGAAUACGCAUGACAAAUGUAUAUCUCGGAUACUAUUGACAUGAGAUAAAAACCAUUUAAAUGGCCAACUCGUAGAUAAUAUUGGAUGUUCACAGAAAAAUAAAAUAAAUCUUGUAAAAAAACCUACAUUUGCGUCAUCAACGAAAAUCGUUUAUCGUUCUAAAGACUUACCUGCGACUUAUUAAGGGCACCGAAUUGUAUGCGAGGAGUAAAAAGCGUAGGACAGAGAAUUCCUUUGUCCUUUGAAGCAGUGCGGAAGAAAAAGAAGAAACAAGGAGAGAAGCUGAAAGAGAAGAAGAGAGAAAAAGAGAGAGUGAACUGAACAGAGCAACACGCGGUCGAGUUUCUAUCUUGGAGUGUACCUGCCGCGGGAAUAAGACAAGGACGACGAGUAAACCGAGAAAGAGAGAAAGAGAGAGGAAGAGAGACGCUUUACACGCCGGUGAACGGUCGUCGUUGUCGUUGCCAGCGGCAAAGGGCAACAACCACGCUGCAGCCGGAGUUUCUACCUCCUUCUACUCAAGGCCAGGGCAUCGCGGCCCACGCGGUCCUUUGUAAGCUUCGUCAAGGGCCGGAUCAGACGUGCCGGAGUGACAGCUAUCGUGCGCGAAAUGCUCCGAAAUUGGCGAAGGUAGAUCAGACCGUGAGGAUCGUAUCUCGACAGAUCGAGCGAAAGAGUGAGAGAAAGAAAGGAGGAACGUGAAGGAUAGUGUGAGAAAAGUGUUUUUAUUUUUCUCGUGACCAUGCAGAGGCAGAGGUUACUACCGGACGCCAUGACAACGAUGGUUAGGGCAGCUGUUCUCGCAGCUGUCCUGGGACAACUUUUGGGUCCCAGCGUGGCCAGCAGGCCCGCCGGUGCCCAUCCCGGACACGCAUAUUUCGAGCAACCGUGCUGCGGACGUUCUCACCUCAGGCAUCACAAAGAACACGUGCGGGAAUUCAGCUGCGGCAUGCUGUACUACAGGACGCUCUACCUGGACAGUAAGAGGGAUGCCCUAUACGUCGGAGCUAUGGACAAGAUCUUCAGGCUAAAUCUGAGUAACAUCAGUCAUUCCAAUUGCGAGAGAGACGCUCUGAAUCUGGAACCUAGCAAUGUGGCAAAUUGCGUGUCCAAAGGCAAAUCAGAGCAUUUCGACUGUCGAAAUCAUAUAAGAGUGAUACAGCCGAUGGGAGACGGCAAUCGCCUUUACAUGUGUGGUACGAACGCACAUUCACCUAAGGAUUGGGUGAUUUAUAGCAAUCUGACUCACUUACCGCGCCACGAGUUUGUCCCGGGAGUGGGAAUGGGUAUCGCGAAGUGCCCUUAUGACCCUGCGGACAAUUCGACGGCGGUCUGGGUCGAGAAGGGCAAUCCCGGAGACCUGCCAGCUCUUUAUUCCGGCACGAACGCCGAGUUCACCAAAGCCGAUACCGUAAUCUUCCGCACGGAUCUCUACAAUCUGACUACCGGUCGUAAGACAUAUAGCUUCAAGAGGACACUCAAGUACGACUCCAAGUGGCUCGAUAAACCGAACUUCGUGGGUUCGUUCGACAUUGGCAGCCACGUGUUCUUCUUUUUCCGCGAGACCGCGGUCGAAUACAUAAACUGCGGUAAAAGUGUGUAUUCCCGCGUGGCGAGAGUCUGCAAGAGGGACACUGGCGGUAAAAAUAUACUCUCGCAGAAUUGGGCCACAUACCUCAAGGCCAGAUUGAAUUGCUCGAUACCUGGCGAGUUCCCGUUUUAUUUCAACGAAAUACAGAGCAUUUAUAAGGUGCCGGGUGACGAUACGCAUUUCUAUGGUACCUUCACCACAUCGACGAAUGGGUUAAUGGGUUCCGCGAUAUGUUCCUUCCACAUUGACGCCAUCCAAGAGGCUUUUCGCGGAAAGUUCAAAGAGCAAGCAACUAGCAGUAGCGCGUGGCUACCAGUCUUGUCCAACAAGGUUCCAGAACCGCGCCCGGGUCAAUGUGUCAACGACACAGAGACGUUGCCGGACACCGUCCUGAAUUUCAUAAGAUCCCAUCCGCUGAUGGACUCCGCGAUUUCGCACGAGAACGAGAAACCGGUCUUCUACAAGCGGGACGUCAUGCUUACGCGAUUGGUCGUCGAUAAACUGCGCAUCGACUUCGUGGGCAUUGAUUUGGAUUAUACUGUCUACUACGCCGGCUCUAGUGAUGGCCGCGUCCACAAAGUUGUACAGUGGAUCGACAAUAAUGGCGAAUCCCAGUCGAUCUUGCUGGAUGUUUUCGAUGUCACGCCUGGCGAGCCGAUACAGGCGAUGGAGAUCUCGAAGGAACAUAAGGCUCUCUACGUUGCAUCGGAUCAUCGGAUAAAGCAGAUCGAUCUGGUAAUGUGCACUCGACGAUACGACAACUGCCUGCGAUGCGUCCACGAUCCUUACUGUGGAUGGGAUAAGGACUCAAACACGUGUAAACCUUACGAACCAGGUCUUCUUCAAGACGUGUCGAACACCACGGCAGACGUUUGCGACAGCAGCGUCGGCAAACGGAAACUGGUUGUCACGUGGGGCCAGUCGGUGCAUCUGGGUUGCUUCGUGAAGAUGCCGGAGGUCCUGGCGAACCAAGAGGUGCGGUGGUACCAUUACAGCAAAGAGAAGGGAAGGUAUCAGAUCGCGUACAAGUACGGCGCCGGCGGCGACAAAUUCAUCGAGACUUCGGAGAAGGGUCUGGUAAUCGUCGGCGUGAACGAGCAGGACGCCGGCAGAUACGACUGUUGGCUCGGCGGUGCUCUCCUGUGUUCGUACAACAUCACUGUGGACGCGCACAGAUGUUCGGCGCCUGCCAAGUCCAAUGACUAUCAGAAGAUUUAUUCCGACUGGUGUCACGAGUUCGAAAAGUACAAGUCGGCGAUGAAGAGCUGGGAAAGAAAGCAAGCGCAAUGCGCCUCGAGACAGAACGACAGCAAUCAGAAUUUACACACGAACGAGGUGUACGGCACGCCCCUCGUCUGAUGGAGCCGAUCAUUGGGUCCCUCGUCGAGCCGAGAUUACGAUGAUACGAUGAUACGCAUAAGCGUCCCGCCAAGGAAUCGCGGCUGGACCACAACCGGUUGGAUCGGCCUGGCCUUCUUGUUGGCCGGUCACGCCACUGCGCUUGGCCCGCUGGUUACUCGAGGACUCUUAAGUGACUGAAGUCGGUCCAAACGGUGAACUGAAUACGUAAAAGGUGUGAAGAACGUAUGAUCGAUCGUGUAUACUAUUAUCCACGUGCCACGGUGCCCGAGAGCUUCUCGUCGGCGCUGCCGAUCGCGAGUGACCAUCGAGUUUAUUGGCGAUCGGUGACCCGCAAGAAUAUUCCAGUUCCGUUCUCGUCGCGCAUCCAACUUUCCGUUACGUGUAUAUAUAUGUAUACAUAUAUACAUAUAUAUAGAUAUAUAUAUAUCGUACUCGUCUCGCUGUAAAUAGACGUGUCGCGUGCGAUCCGCGAAAGUGAGACCGGACGCUGGACGCCGCGAAAGAAGCGCGGAGUCAGCGGGACAAUCCUCGGCUCGUAAAUUUCGAUACGAUUGCGCAAUCACGCGGAGUGAUGUUCCUCGGGGUGAAUGAACGAUACCUUUUGUGCCGAAGAAUCAUGGAUAAAGUCCUGAUUCCUCUCACAUCUGGACCGGUCGAUGCUGCAUGGAGAAACGCACAGUUUUCUUUCCUUGAACUUUUAAUUAAUUUUGCGAGAUGGGAGGGAAUUUUAUGUGUACAUAUGAUAUUGAAGCCUCAUUUACGGAAGACGACGCAACGUUGAUCGUGAUAUCAUCGUGACCAAGAUAUCGAUUAUCGAUAAAACAUCAAAAUUAAGCGGUGCGUCAAAAGGAGAAUGGCGCGUUACCUUGCAGUUGUUUUCGCAUCCGGAAGAUAGAAGCGACCGACAACACAAACGAAGUCGAGAUGGAGCUUCCCUACAACGGAGGUGGGAGCAUCGAUUGGAGAAUAGUUGCAAACGGCUCGCACCCGCGAGGCUGAGAGGAAGCGGUGGCGUCAGACGAGGAAAGAAAGGUAAAACGUUAGAAAGGAGAAAAAAAAACGAAACGUGACCAACGGCGCGUUUACGACGUCACGCAGGUUACAUAUGAGAUUAUUAUCGGCUUUAGAGACCUUCAUGCGAGCCGCCGCUGCGCUGCUGCACUCGCGCGACGCUGGUUAGCUUUCCAUAUCACGUUCGCCGCUUUUGCGGCGCACACACGCCUAUUUUCUACCUGCACCCUUCAGACCCACCCACUCAGCUCUCGUAUCCCUGCGCACCUCCGCGUUUUCCUUCGUUUUUUCUUUCAUAUAUCGCAUCUCGACGAUCGCGCGAGCUACUGCCUGUUAUCUUUUGUUUGCGAGAACCUUCGUGCCGUUUUGAUCAUCACCAUUAUUCUUCAUGUACGAGCGAAACGAGCAUACGAUGACGCCGUGUUUUUAUUCCCGCGCAUUCGCAUUAUGUCGACAAAAGUGCGUCGUAUUCGCGUGUCGCUUCGUGUCGCGCGGAACCCUCGAAAAAAUUGACAUACUCCAGUUCGCGAGGAACCACCUCGAGUACCUUCACGACGCGUCAUCGUCGAGAACCAAACAUUCCUUCCCCGUUCCCCUCCUUUAAAUCAAGGUGCUACGCGGGUUUAUUUCCUUUAAAGAAAACCGAUAAGAAUCGUAGUUUCAGAUCCACGUAUACAUUUCUUUCAAACGCAAGUAACCCCGUCUGUUCUUUUUUUUAUCCGAUCCUUUCCUCACAGACAUACACGCGCGUGCACGAGAAAAACGCGUUACACGCCUAACGAGCGAUUAACGGCGAUCGUUAUAUACGCGCCCGUGCACUGUACAUAAUACCGGACUUGGGAGUCACGUGUACACAUUUUCCGCUUAGAUAAGUCUAAUAUUAGCGUAGAGGCUAUACAUGUUUGCUUAUAAGUUUUCGAUGAACAUGGCCAGAGAGAUCUCUCGUUGCAUCCCGCGGUAUCGCUGAGUAAACCGGAGUAACGACCGCCAAUAAAACUAAACGCGGUGCUGGGGAACAUCGAGGCGAGCGAUCGUUUCGACGACUUCCGGACUUGAGGUUGCGCGGGCUAUUGGACCCAGCAUUGCGCUUUUUUAUCCGCAUACAUGCAACAUGUACAUGUUUCGGCAUAGAAAAGCUUAUAGCAUAGGACGCGCAUCGUCCGUGAAGUCUGCUUCGCCCGAAAACUGAAACUUUGACAUAUUUGCCGUUAUAUUUGGUUUAUCUUAAGAUAUCAAAUACAUUGAUUAUUACUUUUCUUUUUUAUUUUACUACCGUUAGCUUUCAUUACGCUCUGUUUUGUUAUACCGCUCGAGAGCUUCUUUCGGACAUGGGAACGGGCGUUUCCGACUUCGUGAUUAUCUGUACAUAGAUAAUAGCGUUAUAUUUUUAUAAAAA